GGAAGUGACUCUAAGAGAAAAGAGGUAACAACAGUUUUCCACGUGCGCUAAAGGCGCCGGGGGUCAGGUGGGGUUGCUGCAGCCAAUGGAAAAGCGUUUCGUGUAGGACUCUGCGUGGUGCAAGCUUGGCGCUGGCUAGGGUUGUUGGGGAGAGGCUGUGGAGGUAUCGGCAGCUGGAGUUGGAGCUGGAGUGAGGUUGACGUGCAGCCGCUGCGCUGCGCGUCUUGAGGAGGAGGUGGAGGAGGACAGAGAAGGGGUAGUCUGGUUCUGAGGAGGGGACCCCUGCGGUCUGGAGGACAAGUGGGCCGCUGCUUCGUCUUCGCCUCCUGAGGGGGGACGGAGAGGCUGAAGGGUUAUGAAAAUGGCUACUCCACAGGCGGUUUUCACCUUUGCAAUUUGCAUUUUAAUGAUUACAGAAUUAAUCCUAGCAACAGAAAAUUACUAUGAUGUCUUAGGAGUUCCAAAAUCUGCAUCAGAACGCCAAAUCAAGAAGGCCUUUCACAAGUUGGCCAUGAAAUACCAUCCUGACAAAAAUAAGAGCCCUGAUGCUGAAACUAAAUUUAGAGAGAUUGCGGAAGCAUAUGAAACACUUUCAGAUGCCAAUAGACGAAAAGAAUAUGAUUCAGUUGGACAUAGUACCUUUACUAGUAGUGGUGGAAAUACCUUCCAGCAGUCUUUCAACUUCAACUUUGAUGAUCUCUUUAAAGACUUUGAUUUUUUUGGUCCUGACAAAAACACUCAAACCAAAAAACAUUUUGAAACUCACUUCCGGACCCGCCAGGAUAGUUCCAGCAGGCAAAGGCAUCAUUUUCAGGAAUUUUCUUUUGGAGGUGGACUGUUUGAUGACAUGUUUGAAGAUAUGGAAAAAAUGUUUUCAUUCAAUGGUUUUGACAAUGCAAACCGACACACAGUACAAACCGAAAAGAGAUUCCACGGAUCUGGCAAGCAUUGUAGAACUGUCACUCAACGGAGAGGAAAUAUGGUUACUACAUACACUGACUGUUCAGGACAGUAAUUCUAUCCCCCAAAAAAGCCAGUUGAUCGUUUCUUGUGGAUACAAAUAGAAACAAAUGUUUCUGUGAACUCUUUUGACAAAUGCAUGAAUACACAUUUAAAAAUACUUAAUAAAUAUCAUAAAGAAGGUGUAUAUAAAACAAUCCUGACAUCUUCACCAUGCAACUACAUGGCAAUGAGCUAAUUAAACAUUUCUUUAAUUAGGAUUUUAAAGAAAAUAUCUUAGGAAUUCAAUUAAUUAAAAUAAUUUGACUUACUUUUCCACAAAUUAAUUCAUUUGGUUAGAUUUGUUAAAACCAACAAAGGGUUCAAUGAGUUUAACAACUAAACUUUGGAUAUUUACCUGACUUAAAUUUUAUAUUAGAACUGAAUAGACUCAGUGAAAUCUUGCAUGAUCUGUACUAAUUUUCUUGAUGAAUAUAUCUAAUAUGUGGAAUUUUAUUAUGGAGAGAGCUAAUUAACUAAAACUGUCAGAUCUCAUACUUUGUAGAGAUAGCAUUUCUCUCAUGAAAUUUAGGAAUUUUGCAAUUCUAUUUUUCUAUUGAAUUUAUUUCAAAGCAGAAAAAAAGUCAUGGGAUAGUUUAAUGCUUUCCAUGAAAACACUUUUUUAAACAUGGAAUAUGUUAGUGAAAGAAAUUACCUUGUUCACAUAUAUUUAGACUAUUUUGACAGAUAAAAAAAGACAACUGAUACAUUGCCAAGAGAUUGUUUCAUGCUUGCUGAGCUACUCUUUAAUGGAACUCAGACCUGCUUGUCAGUGCCAUUCUUUUUUCUUGAGUUGGAUGUCCUCAUUAUGUCAAGUCCUUUUUUUUUUCAUCCAUCAUUUGGUAAUUAAUACCUCAGUCUUUAAAAAUAGCUAAUGUGUGUACCCAUAUCAUAACGUGCAAUAUUUUUAAAUAGUGAAAAAAUUUUUUUUUGCACAGAUUUAAUUUCUUUGUGUAACUUCAUUGUGUAGUUUAUGAAAAUUUUGGUUCUGCACUUUUCUACAUCAUACUUUGUGAGAGUAUUAAUCAUAUCGAUAUAUAUGUUGACAAAACUAGCACCUAUCAUAACAGUUAUAUGUGAGUGAAACAAAUACAAUAUUUACGACUUGAAUGUUCUGUUUAUUCUUAGUUAUUUUUAUAAAGUGUUUAUUUUAAUGUAAUGAAAGUACAAAAUCAUUUGUCCCAAAUGCCAGACACAUGAGUUUGGCAGUUAUCAGUAUUUUACUUUGAAGGGGAACUAAUCAAACAUUUUAAAUGCCUGAAAAUAGACUUCAUUUUAUUUAAUUUACAAAUUACUUUGUUUUCAGAACUAAGAUUAUUGAAAAUGAGAAUUUCCUUAUUGAAUUUAGCAUAAUUUUCUCUACUGGUAUAUUUUGCUUCUUACUGUCCCAUGCCAUUCCAUUUUGAGAAUAUGGCUAAAUAUUAAAUGUUACCAGUACUUGUGUAUGUGUACAGUUUUGAAACUGAAAUAUCAACUGGAAUGCUUAGGGAAUUGGAUAUUCUGGUGAGCUGAAAAUCAGAUAAACCGCUUUUCCAUCAACAAUGUUUAGGGAGAAAACAGUAGAGAUAAUAUAGUCAACAAAAAGUUAAAUAAUUUGACCCAGGGCACACAUCUCUAAUUGAUAGUCAAACCAGUACUGGAAGCUAGUUCUUACUCUCUUUAGAACUCUUUAUUGCAUCAGUUUAUUUGAACUGGUAUUGAUGGAAGUCUUUCUAAACCGUUAGUAUACUUUCUUGCUUUAGGAGUACUAAUGCGGGAUGUGAUUUCAUCUUUCAUUUAGGAUUUUGUAAUGCCUAAAUGUAGUUCUGAAUAUCAGCUUGUAUUCUUGUUUAGUACUGUAGAAUUUAGAAGAGGUUGGGCUGAAUGUAUACUGACUAGACUAUGUACUUAAAGUUUCUUUUGUUGGCCCUGAAUAUGACCCUCUUUUCUUGCCCUAUUUUUUUUCCUCUUAAAAGCUAUAUAUGUUCCCUUUUCUUGUGGUUUUGUGUAUCUGCCUGUCAAAUACCUGGUCACUAGAACGUUUUAAUUUAAUUAUUUUACUUGGCUUCUUUGGGCUUAGUGCCACAAGAUAUUUUUCCCUAAUUAAUGAUUUUUGGUUUAUUGGGGAAGAAUGGAAAGUCUGCAAUAUUGUACUUUAUAGCCAUUCUCAAUAACUUAUGUAAUAUGAGGAAGGUGAAGUAUGCACUGUUUUGCAGUUAAAUAAAUAAAUUGUAGGA